UCUCCUGGAUCUAGUUCGUUUUCCCCCCUUUUUCUCUUGACAUUUGCACAGAUUUGCACCGAGUGGGACCGAGAGGAGUGUCCAUGAGAGCUGGGGGAGCUGAGGAGUCUGUGUGUGUGUUAUGGGUGAAGCAGUAAAGACGUGGAAGCUGUAGAGGAAUCAACAGGACCCAACAGACACUCAAACAAUGGGAAAGUCUCACACGGACCCGUCCUCCUGAGCGCGUCCCCGCAGCUCAGAUGCUGCCAGUAACACGCUCUACUGUGGUGGUGGUGGGCACACAGCGACAGGACUGAUCCCCGGGGGCUCAUGGUGGAGUGGUAACCCGGGCUCUCAACUGCGGAUCGGACACACUCACCGAGCUUCUCCCAGACAACACGCCGACUGACAGCAUGUGCAGCCCGGGGACGUGGCUGCUGCGCGCCGCGCUGUGCUGCACGCUGCUGGGAACAUGUCUGCACAGUGCCGGAGGUCUUAACAUGUGUAUGAGCGGCAGCGCCACGUCCUGUGAAGAAUGCCUGCUGAUCCACCCGAGCUGCGCCUGGUGCGCACAGGAGGACUUCGGGCGGGGCCGGUCUCUGACCUCACGCUGCGACUUCAUCCAGAACCUGCAGAAGAGGGGCUGCGAGCCCCGGUUCAUCGAGAACCCGGCCAGCAGCUUCUCCAUCCUGGAGGCCAGGCCUCUGAGCUCUAAAGGCUCCGACUCCACCCUGCAGGACGUGGUCCAGAUCAUGCCUCAGAAGAUCUCCCUCAGCCUGCGCCCAGGAGACCAGACGUGGUUCAGCCUGCAGGUGCGGCAGGUGGAGGACUACCCGGUGGACCUGUACUACCUGAUGGACCUCUCUCUGUCCAUGAAAGAUGACCUGGACACCAUCCGGAACCUGGGCACCAAGCUGGCCCUGGAGAUGGGGAAACUCACCAGAGACUUCCGGCUGGGCUUCGGCUCCUUCGUAGACAAAAACAUGUCCCCCUUCUCCUACACGGCGCCCAAGUACCAGGAGAACCCGUGCAGCGGAUACAAACUCUUCCCCAACUGCGUCCCCACCUUCGGGUUCCGCCACAUCCUCUCUCUGACCGACAAGGUGGACCGCUUCAACGAGGAGGUGCAGAAGCAGAUGGUUUCCCGCAACCGGGACGCUCCGGAGGGCGGCUUCGACGCCAUCCUGCAGGCCGCCGUUUGUAAGAAGGAGAUCGGCUGGAGGAAGGAGGCGUACCACCUGCUGGUCUUCGCCACAGACGACGUCCCUCACCUGGCUCUGGACGGCCGGCUGGGAGGCCUCGUUCAGCCCCACGACGGGCGCUGUCACCUCAACGAGAAGAACGAGUACAGUGCCUCCACCAAGAUGGACUACCCCUCUCUGGCUCUGCUGGGGGAGAAACUGGCAGAAAAUAACAUCUUCCUCAUCUUCGCUGUAACCAAACGGCUCUAUGUUAUCUAUAAGAAUUUCACUGCUCUGAUCCCGGGGACCACAGUGGAGAUCCUGGACCAGGACUCCAAGAACGUGAUCCAGCUGAUCAUUGCAGCGUACAACAACAUCCGCUCCAAAGUGGAGCUGUCAGUGUGGGAUCACCCGGAGGACAUCAGCCUCUCCUUCACCGCCACCUGCCAGGACGGACAGCCGCUGCCGGGCCUCAGGAAGUGUGCUGACCUCAUGAUAGGAGACACUGUGUCGUUUAACGUGUCUGUGGAGGCGAGGAGCUGCCCGCCGCACGGCGCCGACCAGAGCUUCACCAUCAAGCCGGUGGGCUUCAAAGACCGGCUGGAGGUCUCUGUGGAUUAUCAGUGUGACUGCGGCUGCAGCCGGACGGCUCAGGCCAACAGCAGCAUCUGCAACGCCAUAGGGACGUACCACUGCGGGACGUGUCGCUGCGAGCAGGGCUACCUGGGCGCCCGCUGCGAGUGCCAGGAGGGCGACUCCAGCAGCAUGUUCCUGUCGGCCUGCAGGGAGGCCGAGGGCAAGCAGGUCUGCAGCGGGCGGGGCGAGUGCAGCUGCAACCAGUGCCUCUGCUUCGAGUCCGAGUUCGGCAAGAUCUACGGCAGCUACUGCGAGUGUGACGACUUCUCCUGCGCCCGCCACAAAGGCAUCCUCUGCUCAGGUCACGGCGAGUGUCACUGCGGCGAGUGUAAGUGCCACGCUGGAUACGUCGGGGACAACUGCAACUGCUCCACGGAGACGGCGACCUGCAUCGCCGACGACGGGCAGAUGUGCAGCGGGCGGGGCCACUGUGUGUGUGGACGCUGUCAGUGCACGGAGCCCGGCGCCUUCGGGGACACCUGCGAGAAGUGUCCCACCUGCCCCGACGCCUGCGGCACCAAGAGGGAGUGCAUCGAGUGCAGACUCUUCAACUCGGGACGACUCGCAGACAACCAGACCUGCCAGCGUCUCUGCAAGGACGAGAUCAUCACUGUGGAGAGCCUCAAGACGGACGAGCCCGGCGCCGUUCUCUGUCUCUAUAAGACCGACAACGACUGUGUGAUGAAGUUCACGUAUUCGGAGCACGCCAGCGGACAGUCGGUCCUCACAGCGCUGAAGGAGCCCGAGUGCGGCGGCGGGCCUGACGCCCUGAUGGUGCUCCUCGCCGUGGUGGGCAGCAUCCUGCUGGUGGGCGUGGUGCUUCUCGCCGUCUGGAAGACCGUCAUCACCGUCCACGACCGCAGAGAGUUCGCUCGCUUCCAGAGCGCGCGCUCACGGGCACGAUACGAGAUGGCCUCCAACCCUCUGUACAAGCAGCCGGUAUCAACACACUUCGUGGAAACAGAUUUCAGCAUGUACGGGAAGUCGUACAAUGGCGGGGUCCACUGAUGCUGACCGUGGGGCCCGGGGCGCGGCAGGACCGGUCCGACCAGCAGACAGACCCCUGGAGGACGGGCUGGGCGGGGCGGGGCGGGGCGGGGCGGCGGACUGAACACAGCCGUCCCCUCUGCUUGCUCCACACCUGAAGUGACAUGAACUCCAGAUCUGUGGCCUUUUUUAAUCUCCCAGCCGCCCACAGAGACUCAGUGACGUCACUUCUUCUGCUCCUCUGUGUGUUUCUGACGGGAGACGGACUGUGAGCUGUUAGAGAGAGAGAGUAGAGGUAGUUUGUCUCGUAGCAGCACCAAGCAGCAGGACGCUGGCUUAUAUUUGUAUAUUUUUAUAAACACUAAAAAUGCCUUUUUUUAGUCUAAACUUUGCACCGACAGGAUUCACAUCAGAUCAUUUCAGACUGAAGCACACAGUGGUACUAACAUUACUAAGCAGCAGACUCUCAGUGCACAGAGGAUGUUAAGAGUCCAGUCAGUUUCUAGAGUGUGUGUGUGUGUGUGUGUGUGUGUGUGUGUGUGUGUGUGUGUGUGUGUGUGUGCGUGUGUGUGUGUGUGUGCGUGAGUGUGUGCGUGUGUGUGUGUUGCACUCACAGGGUACCAGCUACCUUCGACCUCUGGUGCUGCUUUAUAUUUCCCUUUUUGGUAAAAAAAAAAAAAAAAAAAAAAGUCCCUCAAAAAGACUAAAUCCGGCCAGUUUUUCCGUGUCUGUGGUGCUCCGACUCGUUUAUAAUUAAAGGUACAAUAUGCAAUAUUACUGAACAUAAAACAGAAACUGUGUUCGGGACAUUUCUGAGAGUCAAUUUUUGGAUACGAAGCUACGAAAGCAGCAGCAGAAAAAAACAUAAAUAUAUGGAGAUGAAGCACAAAGCAGACAAAGAGAAAAGUUUACAAGCAAUAAGCAAAAAGUUUUCAGGAUACGUUUAAAGCUCUACAAUUAUUAUUUGACUGAUGAAUCAGCUGAUAUGAAAUUGAUCUUCAACUAUAUUUAAAAUGAAUUCAUCACUUUUUGCAAAAAAAAACACUCUCUUGGCACAAUUUUGCUGUCUUUCCCAGUUUUCUUGCAAAGUGAACAGAGAUGAAAUGAUACGAAUAAAUGACGAUUCGUUAAAAAAAUGAACUGUGAUAAUAUUUGUUUAAUGUGUCCGAGGAGAUUUUCUUUAUUUCUAGUGUUAAAUUUGUUUAAAAAUUCAAUUUGACAAAUUAAAGAGAAAAGAUGUUUUCAGUUUCACUUUAACAAAAAAGUAAACUUGUUUUGUUUUGAAAAGAUUAUCUGACCGAUACAAAAGGAUUCUUUAAUUUGGAGAAGAAAUAUUUAGUAGAUUUGUUGAAGGAAUUUGUACUUAUUCUGUUUCUGUUAAAUAAAUUAAAGUAUCAUGAACUCAUCGUGUCGUUACAAACGUCCCUGUGGGCGUCAGAAACUGUGACGAGCAAAUAAAAAACAAUCUGUCGAUUAAUCUAUCAGGGAGGUGAAGUGUUUACAUUCCCGUGUUUUUAUGCACAUUUUGAGGUUGAAAUUGGCCAAAAGAGACGUUCAGCUCCACAGAAAACUAAUCUUUUAGAUUUUUUGUUCUGCAGUAAUACUUUUUAAAAACAUUUUUAUUGCAGAAUGGAAAGUUUGUUCUCAAACUAUUAUUUUUGAUUGACUGCAUAAUAAAAAGUUGGAAACUUUCCAUGGGAAUUAACAGGAAUUUAUGGGAAUAAACCGUGCAUUUACAAAACUGGAGUUUGCCCCAUAAUGGGGACUUGAUACACUGUAAAAAAAAUCUGUUUAAUUUACGGUAAAAUACCGGCAGCUGUGGUUGCCAGAACAUCACCGUAAAAAAUACAGUGAGCGUAUGUAAAUGUAAAUAUCAGCAAAAACUGUAAUUUAUACAGAAUAAUCCCAUUACUUUUAGGAUAAUUGUGUCAUCAUGGUAUUUCUCCAUUAACUUUGCAUGAAAAACUGUGUGUUUUCUACAGUUUAUGGCGGUAGAAUUUAAAGUUUUAUACUAUUCUUUGAUUUACAGUAAUUAAAAGUAUCUACUACGGUGAUGUACAAUAUUUAGUUUUAUGACCUAUUUCUGAUGCAAGUUGAUUGUGUUUUUACUGUAAUUUCUACAAACAUUUUUUACAGUGUAUAGUAUAUACAGUCAUGGAAAAAAUUAUUAGACCACCUUUAUUUUCUUCACUUUAUUGUUCAUUUUAAUGCCUGGGGAAGGAUUUUCUUUAACUUUAAAUAUAAUUCAACUGAAACAUAUAUUUAAAAUGAAUGUAAAAACAAUUGAUGAUCUAUUUAAAUAUUAUAUACAGUCAUGGAAAAAAUGAUUGCACCACCCUUAGCCAUUUUCCAUGGUUUUCUUGAUAAUAACCAGAAUCAUGAUCAAUAAAAUCAUGUUAAAUGUCGAUAUCAGCUCUUAAAUUAAACUCUUAUCAGAUAUUUUUUGUUGAUAUUUUUAUCAUUAUAUUUGUCCAAACAAAUGUACCUUUAGUUGUACCAGGCAUUAAAAUGAACAAUACAUUGAAGAAAAUUAAAAUUGUAUUCUGUAGUUUAUACCCUGCAGCAUGUUUUUUUUAUUUUGAAUAUUUCCGAAAUUCCCCAGCUUAAUUUCCCAUGGAAAGUUUCUGGAAAUUGACCGGAAAUGUUCGACCCUCGUGCAGCUUUUAGUACCGACGUCUGAACAAACUGCACUUUCUGUCACUUUGCUCCAAACCAGCUGAUGUUGUAGGAAACGCUGUUAAUCAGUGUUCCUUUAAUGCAACAUUUCAAACGUUUGCCUCACAUUGAGCUUCUGGGUAGAACAGAAACACAGCUGAUGAUGCGUUCACUGCUCCUGUGAAAACAGGAGAGACAAACUCUGGUUCAUUAUUUCGGUGACAAUAAGAAAAUCUGAAAUCUCCCAGCAUCUCCUUCCUCCUCCUCCUCCUCCUCCUCCUCCAUCCUGUAGAGGAGCUCUGACUCGCUGCUGCAGUAAAACACCGUCAUUGCUCCCACAGGAGGAGGCGCAGCAGCAUGUCAGAGGAGUGAUGGGAGGGAGGGACAUGGAGUGUGUGUGAGUGUGUGUGAGUGCAGAGAGAGUAUGUAAAUAAUGUAACAUGGCGUGUGUGUGUGUGUGUGUGUGUGUGUGUGUGUGUGUGUGUGUGUGUGUGUGUGUGUAUAUAAGGUACCAAUUAAAAACCAGCUUCGACUCGUUUUUACUUAAAACUCUCCAACAUAAAAAGUUUCAGUUCUUCAUGUACAGUCACGUUAAUGUAACACACACAGCAAGAACAAUAAACCUGCUUCUGUCAA